AUGGCUCCUACCAAACCCCAACAAACGGAUUCCGAAAACUCCUCAAUAGCCGAUACCUCCAUGAUAGAUGCUCAUAGCGUCCUCCAACCGCGCAGACCUUCAUUUGGUCAUCUGAAUCGGUACAUGGACGACACACCAGAUUAUACGGAUUCAGAUACGAAUCCAAAUACUACUGCGAGCAGCGUAGCAGGUGAUUCGGUGGCACCAGACGGCCGUAAGAGACGGUCGGAAGCGUUUCAAUUGAGGAAGAGCAUAUUGGGAAGAAAGCAUGGACAAUUGGAUGAAUCUAAAGAGGAUGACACUGUUCGACGCUUCAAGUAUCUUCUCGGCCUUACAGAUCUCUUCCGCCACUUUAUCGAGACGAACCCCAAUCCUAAGAUCAGAGAGGUCAUGGAAGAGAUAGAUCGACAAAACGCGGAAGAUGCCGCGAAAGCGAAGAAAGGCGUGUCGCGUAAAGGAGGCGCCGCAGCCGGAGCCAAGAGGAAAACGGAACAAGAAGAAGAUGCAGAAUUGCUACGUGAUGAAAAGCGUGGUACAGCAUCGCAGACCAUAUUCAGAGAGUCGCCGGCAUUCAUUCAAGGUGGCGAAAUGAGAGACUAUCAGGUUGCUGGUUUGAACUGGCUGAUUUCUCUUCACGAGAACGGUAUCUCUGGAAUCCUUGCUGAUGAGAUGGGUCUCGGCAAAACUCUUCAGACCAUUUCCUUCCUGGGAUAUUUACGCCACAUCUGCGACAUAAAAGGGCCACACCUCGUUGCCGUACCCAAGUCGACCCUGGACAACUGGGCUAGAGAAUUCAAGAAAUGGACCCCAGAAGUCGAUGUCCUGGUCCUGCAGGGAGCUAAGGAUGAUCGCCAUGCCUUGAUCAACGACAGACUCAUCGAGGAGAAGUUCGAUGUCUGUAUCACCAGUUACGAAAUGAUUCUCAGGGAAAAGUCCCACUUGAAGAAGUUUGCCUGGGAGUAUAUCAUUGUUGAUGAAGCACAUCGAAUCAAGAACGAAGAGUCGUCUCUCGCACAGAUUAUUCGAAUGUUCACUUCCCGAAACAGAUUGCUCAUCACUGGAACACCUCUUCAGAACAAUUUGCAUGAGUUGUGGGCACUGCUCAAUUUCCUUCUUCCUGAUGUUUUUGGUGACUCCGAGGCCUUUGACUCGUGGUUUUCCAGUCAAAAUAAUGAUCAGGAUACGGUAGUUCAACAGCUCCAUCGAGUCUUAAGACCAUUCUUGCUACGCAGAGUGAAGAGCGAUGUCGAGAAGAGCUUGUUACCAAAGAAAGAAGUCAAUCUGUAUGUCGGCAUGUCUGAGAUGCAGGUCAAAUGGUACCAGAGAAUUCUCGAGAAGGACAUCGAUGCCGUCAACGGUGCAGGUGGCAAGCGGGAGUCUAAGACUAGACUCUUGAACAUUGUCAUGCAGCUGCGAAAGUGUUGCAAUCAUCCAUAUCUGUUUGAAGGAGCCGAACCCGGUCCCCCGUACACAACUGACGAGCAUUUGGUCUACAACUCUGGCAAGAUGAUCAUUCUCGACAAGAUUUUGAACCGAAUGAAGGAAGAAGGAAGCCGAGUACUUAUCUUCUCUCAGAUGAGCAGAGUUCUGGACAUACUUGAGGACUACUGUGUCUUCAGAGGUCACAAGUACUGUCGCAUUGAUGGUGGCACUGCCCAUGAGGACCGUAUCGCAGCCAUUGACGAGUACAACAAGCCAGGCUCUGAAAAGUUCGUCUUCUUGCUUACUACCCGUGCAGGUGGUCUCGGCAUCAAUUUGACCACUGCCAAUAUCGUCGUUCUGUACGACAGCGAUUGGAACCCACAAGCUGAUUUGCAAGCUAUGGACCGAGCACAUCGUAUUGGUCAGACGAAGCAAGUCAAAGUCUUCCGCUUUGUUACAGAAAAUGCCAUUGAAGAAAAAGUGCUAGAGAGAGCCGCCCAGAAACUGCGUCUGGAUCAGCUUGUUAUUCAACAAGGCCGAGCGCAACAACAAGUCAAGCAGGCGGCCUCCAAGGACGACUUGUUGAACAUGAUUCAACACGGCGCCGAAAAGGUCUUCGAGACCAAAGGCGCCACGGGUGCACUCGAUGACAUCGACGAAAUUCUGCAGCGUGGCGAGGCUCGUACCGCGGAACUGAAUAAAAAGUAUGAGAAGCUCGGUAUUGAUGAUUUGCAAAAGUUUUCGUCCGAGAAUGCAUACGAGUGGAAUGGCGAAGACUUCACCAAUCGUCGUAAAGACAUUGGCAUAAAUUGGAUCAAUCCUGCCAAACGAGAACGCAAAGAACAAUCCUACUCGAUGGAUAAGUACUACAAGCAGGCAUUGUCAACGGGAGGCAAACCAGCUGAGACGAAGCCUAAAGUACCUCGAGCCCCAAAACAGGUGAACGUGCACGAUUGGCAAUUCUUUCCUCCUGGGCUUCAGGAGCUUCAAGAGAAGGAGACUGCCUACUACCACAAGGAAAUCGGAUACAAGGUGCCUUUGGCUGAAGGAACCGAGGAAGACUUGAGUGAUCGUGAAGCAGAUCAGCGACUCAAUCAAGAUGAAAUUGAUAACGCCGAGCCUCUCACUGAGGAAGAAAAACAGAGAAAAGCUGAAAUGCAGGAACACGGGUUUGGCAACUGGAAUCGGCGAGAUUUCCAACAGUUCAUCAAUGGAUCUGCCAAAUUCGGCCGCACAAACUAUGAAGGCAUUGCGAACGAAGUCGAUAGCAAGGAGCCGGAUGAAAUUGAAGAAUAUGCCAAGGUCUUCUGGAAGCGAUACACCGAAAUUGCGGAUUACGACAAGCACAUCAAGACCAUAGAGGCUGGUGAAGAGAAACUUCGCAAGACCAAUCUCCAGCGAAAGCUUCUUCGGAAGAAGAUGGAGAUGUAUCGUGUUCCUUUGCAACAACUGAAGAUCAAUUACACAGUCUCAACCACCAACAAAAAGGUGUAUACUGAGGAAGAGGACCGAUUUUUAUUGGUUAUGCUGGACAAACACGGUGUGGACGGAGAAGGCUUGUACGACAAAAUUCGUGACGAAAUCCGCGAUUCACCACUAUUCCGCUUCGACUGGUUCUUCCUCAGCAGAACUCCCGUCGAGAUUGGCAGAAGAUGUACCACAUUGCUCAACACCGUACUCCGAGAGUUUGGUGACCCGGAAGAAAAACUCACCAAUGGUCACGGUUCAGGUAAAGGCCGAGGUCGCGACCGGGACGAUGACGAUGACGAUGAUAAUGAAAGUGAGGCUCCUCCUGUGAAAAAGAAGGCGAAGAAUGGCAUUGUGAAUAAAGCCGUCAAAGCCGUCAAAUCAGGCCGAGGCAGUAAAAACACCUCACCUGCAACAUCUCGAGCUCAAAGUGUUUCGUCAAGCACUCCGGCGAGUAAAUCGAAGGGACGGAAGAAAUGA